GCAGCCGGCGUCCGUCCAUCCAAAACGCCAGGGCUCACCAACCGGCCAUCGUUAUGCUUUGAAUUGAUAACAACCAUGGAUCGACCGAGCCUUCGGAGGCUUUUCUCCGCCUGCGACGUGAACAAGUCCGGCAAGAUCGAAUACGAGGACUUCACGGUGGUCUGCCGAGACCUCAGCGUCCCCGAGACCCAGAUCCGGACUCUGUUCGACAAGUUUGGCGCGCACGAAGAAGGUUUCAUCGACUAUGACAGGUUCUCCUCCAGCUUUCAGGAGGUGUCAGAAACUAUGGAUCUGGCCGCCUUUAGCGUAGGGACGUCCCAAACACCGUGGGAUGAGUUUGUGGACAGGGUGGACGCUGAGCUUCUCCUCUCCGACAGUCUCAAGGAGCAGCUGGCUGAUCUGUACAUGACCAUUCACUCCUCUGCAAACACGGCUCUUCUGCAGGCAUAUGAAGAAAUCAUCCACUCUCUGCUCAGUCAAAGCCUGGACAGCAAACUAGAGUGUGAACAGCUGGAGACCAGUUUAAAGCGAGCUGAGGAGAUGAAUAACAGUCAGCUGGCUGAGCUGGAAGAUGACAUUCAGCAACAACUUACGAGAACAGAGGAGCGGGUGAGAGACGAGGAGCGGAGGAAAAUGGACGGCGUUAUGUUGACCAUGCAGAGGAAGCAUGAGGAAGAGGUUGCAGACCUGCAUGCCACGGUGGAGAGACUCCUAAAGGUAGAUUUUCACAGACAGCGAGCAUGGAGUCAGGAGGACUCGGGGAUGAACAAGUCAAAGGAGGAGAUGAUCAGUCUGACCAAACGCAUCAGCGAUCUUUUACAGGAGAAGGAGCAGCUUCAAAGCUCUCUGCUGCAAGCCCAAACAAACAUCGCCAUCCUGCACGCCGAGAUGGACAAGCUCAAGAACAUGUGUGCAGAUCAGAGAGCUCAACAUGAGAGAGAAACCGAUGAAUUGAAGAGGAUGGUCGUGGAGUACGAGUCGUACUCGAGCCAAAUUCAAGCCCUGCAGGAAACGAAUAAAAAGCUGUAUGACAGUAAUGAUGGACUGCGUUCAUCCUUAGCCGGUGAAGUGGUUGUAGCUAAAAGAAGGCUAUCCCCCCAAAAUGAAGUUCCAGCCCGAAAAAUGAGACCUCUCCGCCAGAGCACGCUUAACCAUGGCAGCUCGGAGCACAAUCCCAGGAUCUCCCAUGUGGCCACCUGGGCUGACCGGUACCUGGACAGCGGCAUCUCUCUGCCCAUGGAUACGGCGGAAACCUCGAAUAGUGAACUUGACAGUGACGACAGCGAGAACUCUGUGGAGACUGUCCACCACAGCUACUCCGACGUCCCAUCUGAUGUUGAGAUCUCAGAGGUGAAAUCUGAUGCUGAAGUGUCUUUAGCUCCUAGCAGAGGAAGCUCCAUCAAUUCUUCCAUACGAAGGCGCCUCUCUGCCUUCCCACCAAAGCCGAUGGAAGAGGACAUUUCAGAGACGAUGGAACCUACCCCAAUGUACCGUCUGGCCUUAGCAGGAGACUCAGGAGCAGGAAAGUCCAGCUUUCUUCUGCGACUGACCCUCAAUGAGUUUAGAAGGGAUAUACAGACGACACUGGGGGUUGAUUUCCAGAUUAAAAAGAUGUUGGUGGAUGGAGAUACAACAAGUUUGCAGAUAUGGGACACUGCUGGGCAGGAGAGGUUCCGUAGUAUUGCCAGGUCUUAUUUCCGUAAAGCUGACGGAGUCCUGCUGCUCUAUGACGUUACUUCAGAGAGCAGCUUCCUCAAUGUUAGAUCCUGGGUGGAUCAGAUUCAGGAUUCAAACAACGCAAAAAUCCCCAUAUGUGUUAUCGGAAACAAGGUGGAUCGCCGGGAGCAGCUUCCAGCAGGAACAUGUGUGAGCAGGUUGCACGGGGAAAAGUUGGCCAAGACCUAUGGUGCUUUAUUCUGUGAAACGAGUGCCAAAGAUGGAACCAACAUUGUGGAGGCAGUGCUUCAUCUAGCAAGAGAAGUAAAGAAAAAUUGUCAUUUGAGGCAGCAAUCACAAUCUGAGGUGAAUCUGAGUCGAACCAACCCAAAGAAGACCAACGGCUGCUGUGGAGUGUAG